CAGACGCGUGCAUAGUGAGGUUCCAUGCGCCCGCCGCCUAUGAACUAGCACAUGCGCAGUGAGACUCGGUGAUGACCGUUGGAAGGCACGCACACAUGUGCACGGGUUCCGAUUACAAGAAGAGGUUACAGUGACACUCUGCCAUAGGAACCGAGUUUGCACAUGCGUAAAGAUAAGCCUGGCGUAAAUCACUCGGGCGGCAGGAGGCUGCAGGGUCGCGCAUGUGUAGUGUAGGCUGAACUGUAGCGUAGGGGGCGCGCAUGCGUGUGGGCUCGGUCAGUUGGGAGAGGGGAAAGAGAGGGACGACGCCAUCUUGUUGCUGCUUCUCCAGAGCUGCAGGGACACCGAGCGAGGCGCUCGGCGGGGAGCCUCUCUCACGUGUAGCGGGCAGCGUUAAGUUGAUUUUACAGAAUUUAUCAGGUCUUCCAAGCAAAAACAGGUGAUUUUUGCUGUGGGUUGAGCUCAGAAUGGCUGUAGUCAUCCGUUUACAGGGGCUUCCUGUUGUUGCGGGUCCUGCAGAUAUUCGCCGUUUCUUCUCGGGAUUGAAUAUUCCUGAUGGAGGAGUGCAUAUUAUUGGAGGAGAAACUGGGGAGGCUUUUAUUAUAUUUGCAACAGAUGAAGAUGCACGACGUGCCAUGAGCUGUUCAGGAGAGCUUAUCAAAGACUCCCCCAUAGAGCUCUUUCUCAGCAGCAAGACUGAAAUGCAAAAUACAAUAGAAAUGAGCCGGAAAAGAUUUGAUCGUGGGGGACGAGAACCAAUGUCUGGGUCUAGACGAACAGGUGGUAGUAAUUCAGGUGCAUCAGGUGUUGGGAACCUUUCAAAUUUAGUUGCAGCUAUUACAAAAGGAAUAAAUAAAUCUGGCUAUGUUCCAUCAAAUCACCCAGAGUCUGGCUUUCAUACCAAUGGCACAAGACAUGGUGAUCCAAGUAUACCUAAAUCAAACUAUAACCAGUCAAGAAAGGAGUCACUGAGUUCAGAUGAUAUUUAUUUAUUUCUACAUGGCAUACCGUACUCUGCAACAGAAGAUGAAGUACGUGCUUUCUUUUCUGGAUUACGAGUAGAGGGAGUAAUCUUCAUAAAACGUCGCAAUGGCCUAAAUAAUGGUGAUGGUUUGGUAAAAUUUGCUACACCUCAUGGUGCCUUAGAAGGACUUAAACGUCAUAGACAAUACAUGGGUCCAAGAUUUAUAGAAAUAAGUCCAGCUACUGAAGAACAGUGGAUUGAAUAUGGUGGCAGGGUAGAUAUGAAGAAUGAGAUUGCUCGUUACUUAAGCAAAGAACGGUCUCCAACAAGAGGUUCAAACUAUACUCAUUCAAGAAAACAUUCUCAUUCAAGAUCUCCUCCAAGGAGACGAACGCGCUCUCGUUCACCUCGUGGCCAGGAAUUUUACUUACACUUAAGAAAUCUACCUACCUAUCUUGAGAAGAAAGAUCUGAGAACUUUCUUUGGAAAGCUGGAUGUGUCUAACAACCAAAUCAAGUUUUUACUGGACAAGCAUCAAAGGAGGACAAGAAAUGCGUUUUUGAUGUUGAAGAAUCAGAAAGAUUUUAAUAUUGCUCUGGAACAUCACAGGAUGUCUCUUUUCAAUCGUCCUGUUUACAUUUUUCCUAUUUCUAGAAGAUCUAUGUUGAAACUAAUUGAGUCAUAUGAGAAGAAGAGCUCACAAGAAAGCGAUCGGCCUGGACAGGCUGUAUCGGAAAAAAGUUAUCGGGAGGGGCAUUCUGGCCCAAAGAUGUGCAUAUAUAUAAGAAACUUUCCAUUUGAUGUGACAAAAGUUGAAGUACAAAAGUUCUUUGCAGGAUUUGCUAUUGAUGAAGAUGAUGUCUACUUGCUUUAUGAUGACAAAGGAGUUGGGCUGGGAGAAGCAUUGGUAAAAUUUAAAUCUGAAGAACAGGCAAUGAAAGCAGAAAGUUUAAAUCGUCGAAGGUUCUUGGGAACAGAGGUACUAUUAAGACUUAUAUCUGAAGAACAGAUGCAGGAGUUUGGUUUAAAUGUUCCACCAUCAGCACCAAGUGGAAAAAUGCAGGUUCAUUCACAAGCAUAUGACAGAGGUGAGCAUUCCCGUCCAGCUGGUUCACCACCUGGACAGCCACAAGGACUACCUAUGCACUCAUUUGGUCCUCCUGGGAGCUUUAGGCAUCCUCCUGAUGUUAGACGACCCCCUGAGGAUUUUCGAGGUCCUCCACCUUUUAUGGAUUUUGGUGGUGAUGGCGAACCUUUUGGUAGGAUGGAGUAUGGAAACAAUAACAUGGGAGGCUUUUCUGAGGGAAGAUUUAUGUCCGAUCCAAAUUUCAGUGGUGGUUCUGAUCGUGUAACUCCUAUUAGAUUAAAGAACUUGCCAUUUAGAGCCACCCCUAAUGAAAUUUUGGAUUUUUUCUAUGGCUAUGGUGUCAUUCCAGAGUCUGUUUCUAUACAGUGUAAUGAACACGGAUUACCUUCAGGUGAUGCCAUUGUUGCUAUGACAAAUUAUGAGGAAGCAAUGGCUGCUAUUAAUGAGCUAAAUGAUAGACCAAUUGGCCCACGCAAAGUUAAGCUAAGCUUGCUUUAAAGAGAGAAAAUGUUUCUCAAAUUAAAAAUUCUAGACAUCACAGUAUUGAUGCAGUAAGAUGGUUUCUUAUUUACAAUUUUUUGUUACUGGAAGAUGCAGAAGAAACAGUUUCCUUAAACAGAGGAAGUUGUAAAUAGUGUCAUGUUUAGUUAUUUUGCAUUGGUUCAAAUUGACAUCUGUAGGGUUUUUUAGAAGACGUCUUAGAAGUGUAUUAUGCUUAUUUUUAUGGCAGAUGGAGAGAUCAGUAAUCCGAAUGGAUUGUCUGUUGACUUGUAAGGUGCAUAUCUUGAUAUUAAGAUAUACAAACAUGGAGUUGUAAUGCAUUUGGGGGUUUUUAGUUUUGCGUUCGUUCCAUGGUUCUAUGACUCUGCAACAUUUGAAAAUGUAAAACUGCUGGUUGACUUGGUUGUACAGACUGGUCAAAGAGAACAAUUUCAGUGCCACCUUCAUUAGUAAAUAUCCUUGGGGCUAUUGUCAACCCUAUAUAUGUAGAAUAGGUAAACUGUAAACAUGAGUGAAUUUCUUAUGUAAACUGUUUAGUCUUGUUCAGUUUCAUGUGGUCGCAGACAUCUCAAGUUAUUCUCAUAAAAUUAGUUUCCUGUUCAUGUUAGCUGCCUGUGCAACUUUUUAAAAAAAAUAAAAAUAAAAGGCUUUA